AUGGCGGCCAUUUUGAUACUCGGCGCGGUCAUCGAGAACUGCUGGCCUGUCUUCUUAACCGGCCAAGCCCUUUUCGGAACCCAGCUGGACUGGUUCCUGCUUGCGGGCUCUCUCGCCUGGAAACACAAAGACAUCACAAUUUGCGUCUACGAGCUCAUCCUUCCUCUCCUCCCUGCCUUGAUUAUCGGGGCGGUCUUCGUCCUGUUUCAACCCUUACGGUUCCUGGCCCUCCUGCUGGAUCACACCGAGGCCGGCCCCACGGAUUGCGGCCGACCUGUUCUUCUCAAAUGCAAGACCACGCACCGGAGAGUAUUCCCCAAGAAGCAUGGCUUCAGCUAUUCCUACCUGGUGGCGGGGAUCCCGGUCUCUUGGAAAGGUCAAGUAGGCGGGAUGCUAUCGGCCGGUAUGCCGAGGGUGCCAAAUAAGCUAGCGCGACUUGUUCCUAGCGGCGCAAGGCAGAUGACCUGGUUUGAAGUGAACCCUGAAGAUCACCUCCAGCGCGGGGGAGCAGGAAUGGAUCUUAGGGAGAAGCUGGACGUUUAUUUGGAGUCAGAGGUUAACAACACCUUCGACGAGCGUCGCGUCUACUUGGUUUCUCGGGAUGAAGCAUCCCCGAGCCUGGAGCUACCGGGCGGCAACAUAGAUGACAGCGUCUCGUCGUCACAGCCAUUGAAGAUUCGGAAUCGAGUAACUAAGGACUUCCACGUCUCGCCGUUCAACUCUCGCAAGGGUCACUACUCUAUCGUCGCCAGUGACCCUCUCGGGCAAGGCUUCCAGAGCUUCCGUAGUCUCGAUACCACCAUCACUCUAUCCUCUUCCAAAGGGCACGCGAAGCUAAUAGCGCGCCUAUUUUCAUUGCGUGAACCAUUGAACCCCGCGAAGAUGAGUGUGCUUGAGAAACUUACGCUGCUACUUGGCUGGGGUUGGAUCGGCUUCGCGACGUAUCCUCGCAUCGUCAAGGAGGCAGCGAUGCUGUGGUUCGCACGCAAACUGCAUGUUUGGUAUCGGCCUGAACCUCUGAGCACUAGCCUUGGUAGGCGAGCCGAUAGCGUUGAGAAGGAGUUAGAAGGCAUAUUUAGGGAAUAUUUGCGUUAUCUUGUACAGCAAUCUACCACUGCUCUCGUGGUAAAAUACGUACCCAGCGGUGUGGGUGCUCCGACGGAGAACAUGGUAUCUCCUCCGGCGAAGGAUGGAUCGAAGGAAACCCGUGAAUUGGAAUUUAAAGUACUCACGCCCGUGUUUUACACCCGGUUUGUCCACUACGCACACGAUUUCGAAGCUAUUUUCAACGAGUUUAGGGAAAGCUGCACCAUAUCUAUAUCUAACCCAGACUUGUUGCCGAGCCUUGUGCUCAAAAAGCCGCCGGCGCCUGUGCGGGUUGGUAAUCCGAUCGACUACCUCUACCUCAGAAUUAUCUGGCAUCUCCGCCGGCGGCCGGAUCGUAUUGAGCGGCCCUUACGAUCGAGCGACAAGCCGAAGUCCGAACCAACUAACCAGACGAUUGUGGAUAUCCGUGACUUUCGACCGUCAUCCAUGGAUGGGUAUGUCUUUACCAAAGCAACGGCCGAGACGCGAAGGCAGUAUAGAUCCGCUGUCGCUAGGAUAUUCUUGGCGGAGUACAUGGGCCUCGGGAGUCUGGGCGUGCUCUGGCUUGAAGGCUUUAUAUUGAGGGCCGGGCUGGCGUGGUUUGUGGCAACUGGGAUGUAUCCUUUUGUCACGAUGGUGGUGUCUGAAGUGCGCCAGAUAGUGUCGACGAUAUAA